CCGAGGCUUUUAUUGCUGUAGUUUAUUUCCACCCCCUUCCCUCCUGUUCUCUCUUUCUUUUUUUCCGCCCUAGCUGGGGCUGUGUUGGAGGAGAGGAAGAAAGAGAGACGGAGGAUUGCAUUUAUCCCUUAUGUUCCUGGAAUUUGCAAUCAGCAAGACCAGCUAAGCGGUUGCACCUUUUUCAAUCCUGCAAAAAAUAUCAAGUCUCUUUACUGGCAAUUUUUGCUCUAGAGCUGCCCUCUUGAAAUUAAUUUUUUCCUAGGAGAGAGAUGUCUUAUCAGGGGAAGAAAAAUAUCCCACGCAUCACGAGUGAUCGUCUUCUGAUCAAAGGAGGUAAAAUUGUUAAUGAUGACCAGUCGUUCUAUGCAGACAUAUACAUGGAAGAUGGGUUGAUCAAGCAAAUAGGAGAAAACCUGAUUGUACCAGGAGGAGUGAAAACCAUCGAAGCCCAUUCCAGGAUGGUGAUCCCUGGAGGGAUUGACGUCCAUACCCGCUUCCAGAUGCCUGACCAGGGAAUGACCUCCGCCGAUGACUUCUUUCAAGGCACCAAGGCAGCCCUGGCUGGGGGGACCACCAUGAUCAUUGACCAUGUUGUUCCCGAGCCUGGGACAAGCCUGCUGGCCGCCUUCGACCAGUGGAGGGAAUGGGCUGACAGCAAGUCCUGCUGCGACUACUCUCUGCACGUGGACAUCACUGAGUGGCAUAAGGGCAUCCAAGAGGAGAUGGAGGCCCUGGUGAAAGACCACGGGGUAAAUUCCUUCCUCGUGUACAUGGCUUUCAAAGAUCGCUUCCAGCUAACGGAUUCCCAGAUCUAUGAAGUAUUGAGCGUGAUCCGGGAUAUUGGCGCGAUUGCCCAAGUCCAUGCGGAAAAUGGCGACAUCAUUGCAGAGGAACAGCAGAGGAUCCUGGAUCUGGGCAUCACGGGUCCCGAGGGACAUGUGCUGAGCCGGCCUGAGGAGGUUGAGGCUGAAGCUGUGAAUCGUUCCAUCACCAUCGCCAAUCAGACCAACUGCCCCCUCUACAUCACCAAGGUGAUGAGCAAGAGCGCAGCCGAAGUCAUCGCUCAGGCCCGGAAAAAGGGAACUGUAGUGUAUGGUGAGCCCAUCACCGCCAGCCUGGGGACUGAUGGCUCCCACUACUGGAGCAAGAACUGGGCCAAGGCUGCUGCUUUCGUCACCUCCCCACCCCUGAGCCCUGACCCCACCACUCCGGACUUUCUGAACUCCUUGCUGUCCUGUGGAGAUCUCCAGGUCACGGGCAGCGCCCAUUGUACUUUCAACACUGCCCAGAAGGCUGUGGGGAAGGACAACUUCACCCUGAUCCCUGAAGGCACCAAUGGCACCGAGGAGCGGAUGUCCGUCAUCUGGGAUAAGGCUGUGGUCACUGGGAAGAUGGACGAGAACCAGUUUGUGGCCGUGACCAGCACCAAUGCAGCCAAAGUCUUCAACCUUUACCCCCGGAAAGGCCGCAUUGCUGUGGGAUCCGAUGCUGACCUGGUCAUCUGGGACCCCGACAGCAUUAAAACCAUCUCUGCCAAGACCCACAACAGCUCUCUCGAGUACAACAUCUUUGAAGGCAUGGAGUGCCGCGGCUCUCCACUGGUGGUCAUCAGCCAGGGGAAGAUUGUCCUGGAAGAUGGCACCCUUCAUGUCACUGAAGGCUCUGGGCGCUACGUCCCCCGGAAGCCCUUCCCUGAUUUUGUUUACAAGCGUAUCAAGGCAAGGAGCAGGCUGGCAGAGCUGAGAGGGGUCCCUCGCGGCCUGUAUGACGGACCUGUGUGCGAGGUGUCUGUGACACCCAAGACAGUCACUCCAGCCUCCUCCGCUAAGACAUCUCCUGCCAAGCAGCAGGCCCCACCUGUCCGGAACCUGCACCAGUCUGGAUUCAGCUUGUCUGGUGCCCAGAUCGACGACAACAUCCCCCGCCGCACCACCCAGCGCAUCGUGGCUCCCCCUGGUGGCCGUGCCAACAUCACCAGCCUGGGCUAGACUGCCGGCCGCAGCCCACCUGGGCAUGGGGGAUGGGACACCUGAGGACAUUCUGAGACUUCCUUCCUUUUUUUUUUUUUUAAGAGCCUGUGAUAGUUACUGGGGGGCAGCCAGUUCAGGGGGGGGGGCACCCUCUCGGGCCCUGCACUCCGUCCCUCACCCGGAGUCACUGAUUUUGCUCACCUAUUUCCCUACACAUCUACAAAUAUCACACCCAGGUCUAUUCACCAACCCCACACAUGGAACUGCAUCCAACACUCAGACAUGCGAAACAAAGCAAAUCACAACGAGGGUGUUUCUCAUCGCCAGCCUCUGUUGUACUUGUUAUCAUCUUCCUUUUCAUGGUGGGGAAGAUAAAGUGAAUUGCCCAGAGCUGCCUUUUUCUUUUUAAAUUUUUAAAAAAGUUUUCUUUGUGGGGCUGGGGAAGGGUGGGUGGGGGACUGGGGAGAGGUUUUUUUUUUAAUACUAAAUUGGAAAGCCUAAUUCAAUAUUAAUACAAGGGGUUUGAACUGGACAUCCUAAUGAUGCAAUUAUGUAACCACCAAGCUGAUUCAGGCUGGUUGGCAAACUCAUCAUGUGCCUCCUGAGAGGCUCCAAAAUGUCCACAUCAUCGUUCCGUAGUCUUCUGGGUCAACUGUUGAUAACAAGGGCAGGUUUUCUUUUUGGCCUAGAUUUUGCUGCAGAUUAAAUCUUUUGAGGACUCUCUUCUCCUCUCUUCUUUUCUGCUCUCUCUCUCUAGCUUCUUCAUUCAUGAAUAUUUUCACAUGUCUGUCUCUUUCUUUGUGCCUCCUGCAGCCCUUGUCUCUGAGACGGUGUUUUUCUCUCCUUCCCGUGUUGACUUCUCAGCUAUCCGGGUCUACCAUUUUACUGCGGCCCUAAGAACCUGCCUGGAAGCAUGUGAACUUUGGCAUCGCGACUGCGGGGAUAACGCUAGUCCAUGUAAGCCUGGUGCUACCCACCCGCCAUCACGAGGACAUGUGUUUGAGUUGCAGACGCUUCCCAGGUUCAGGGAAGGGCCGAGUUACUCACCCACACCCUCACACGUGGGCCCAGAGUAGGACCUCAGACCGUGCCGAGAUGUUAAAGAAGGCUGAGGCUACAGGACGUGAGAGUUUUUUCCUCCAUGCAAUGCUGACUGGCUAAAGGCAUGAUCAGAUCUGUAAAUUGAGCCCCAAACCCAAGUGACCCAACCAGCUUCAAGCCAGCCACCAGCUCAGAGAUAUUGAGCUAGUGGGAGUCUGGCCCUGAGGCCCUGCCAGUUCCCAGCUAGGUAUCUUUGGGGAUUCCAGAACACACUAGGACUUCUCACUUCGGGGAAAAAUUUUUUUUCUAUCCAAUCAUUUCCAAAGACAUCAUGCAAUAUAGGCAGGCCUUCUAAACUCAGAAAAUCCUGGGGAAAUUUGACUUAAAGUCCAUUUUACUUUGCAAGAGGAAAAAUCUACUUAAUGAGUGAUACACACGUUGGAGCUAUUGUGGGGAGAAAACCUUACAAACCAGACGUGUGGCCCCUAGGAUGCCGCAGGUUAUCCUGUAUCUACAUCCCCGCCUCUCCUGUCUCAGAGACCCUCCCACAGCUGCCUUUCUGCCCGUCCCUGCCUUUGCUGAUCUGUGUUGCGUUUCCUUCCAGACAUGUUUACAACUUCUAAGCAAUGUCACGUUCGCAGGCUUUGAUUAAACCAAAUCUGCUUUUGUAAAGUGUAACCUAAAAACGUAGGUCAGCCCGUCACUAUACUCUUCUCUCCACAUGUUCUGCCUUUGGGGUUAUGGUUGGGGUUAUUUUUUGUUGUUGUUGUUGUUUAUUUGUUAUUUUAAAAGUAAAUUGCACUUUUAAAAAAUAAUUGGUUAACUUAAUAUAUUUGCUUUUUUUUUUCUCACCUGCACUUCAAGGAAAUUUGAACAAGUUGGAAAAAAAAAUUUUUUGUUUCAAUUCUAAGAAACACUUGCAGCUCCUCAGUAUUCACUUGAGUCUUCCUGUUUUUCCUGUACUGGUCAUGGUCAUUUCGGUUUUUGGAUUGUUCUCUUAACACAACUUAAAAGCUGAAGAUUUCCGCAGGCUGUGUAAGCAUGUUUCCCUGUGGGCUUGCUCUGUGUGUCUGUUCAAUGAAUGUCAUAUGUAAAUGCUAAAAUAAAUUGACAGUGUCUCAGAACUGAGUAACUGCAGUGACUUGAUGCUCUCAAACAGCGUAGGAUUCAAUAAUAGAUGGUUUUUAAUCCUUGGAAUUGUGAUUGUGACCCAUGAGUGGAGGAACUUUCAGUGCAAAAGCUGAUAAUGUGUGUAGCCAGAAGAGUACCUUUUUUUUGUAACCACUGUCUUAAUGGCAAAAUAAUUAUGGUAAAAAAACAAGUCUCGUGUUUAUUCCUUAAAAACUCUGUGUUAUAUUACCAUGGAACGCCUAAUAAAGCAAAAUGUGGUUGUUUCA